UACAUUAGUAAGUGCCUUGUAUUAAGUUUCUCUACGUGAUAAAUGCUAUUUGCUGAAAUGAGAGGACCCUUUAACGUUCUUGAGUCCCUCCAGGUUCUUAUGUCUUGGGAGAUCAAUGAUUCAGGUUUUUCUUAACGCUUGAGAGUCCUGUUCAAAAAGACCGCCGCUUAUCCGAUCUAUCGGCGGCUUUAUCUAAACGUAUAUGCAGGUAGCCAUGUCUACGAGGCAGGUCGGGUGGGUAUUAAAGUGCAUCUAAACUCUGAGCUAAACUUUACUUUAUUUACUAUACUGUUGAGCUUUUCUUACGCCGCUGUGCAUGGGAGUACGGAUUCCCCUGGGGCCGCACUGAGCGCUGCAGAGGCCGGAGCUUCGCUCCUCCUUCCUGUGCCAGCGCUGCUUUUAUGUCAGGGCGCACAACCAGCAGGAGAGCGAUGUCUUUUGUGAGCUCCUGCUCCAAUGUGGUAGUCCGACAUCGCUCUCCUGCUGGUUGUGCUCGCUUUGCUAAAGCCUGACAUAGCCCAUCUAUACCAGGCGUAAGGGGGUUAUCCAGCCCAUAAUAUUGAUGACCUAUCCUCAGGAUAGGUCGUCAAUAUCUGAUCGUCAGGGGUCCGGCGCCCGACACCCUGCGGAUCAGCUGGGCACUGAAGAGCACUACUUGCUCUUCAUUACACUGCCCGUCAUCUCGGUGACGCUGUAAGGCCUCUUUCACACGACUGUAUGGCUUUUUCAGUGUUUUGCGGUCCAUUUUUGACGGAUCCGUUGUUCCGUUUUUUUUUUUCCCGUUGUGUUUCUGUUCCGUUUUUCCGUAUGGCAUAUACAGUAAUUAUAUACAAAAAAUUGGUGAGGGGAUAGCCUUUUCAAUAGAUGGUUCCGCAAAAACGGAAUGGAUACGGAAGACAUACGGAUGCAUUUUUAUGCGGACCCAUUGACUUGAAUGGAGCCACGGAACGUGAUUUGCGGGCAAUAAAUAGGACAUGUCUUUCAUAUCUUUCAUCGGAACAGAAAUACGGAAACGGAAUGCAUAGAGUACAUUCCGUUUUUUUUGCGGAACUAUUUAAAUGAAUGGUUCGGUAUAUGGAACGCAAAAAACGGCUCGUAAACGGGAAAAAAAACGUUUGUGUGAAAGAGGCCUCAGGGAGACGACGGGUCGUGUAAUGAAGAGGAAGCAGAGCUUACAUAGGGCGUCAGACCUCCGCCAAUCAGAUAGUGAUGACCUAUCCCUGUGAUGGCUAACCUCCGGCACUCCAGCUGUGGUAAAACUACGACUCCCAAGAUGCACACUUGCUUGGCUGUUCUCAGAACUCCAUAGAAAUGAAUAGAGCAUGCUGGGAGUCGUAGUUUCCCCACAGCAGGAGUGCCGGAGGUUAGCCAGACCUCUCCUGAUGGGUGGAGCAUUUUUUGUGGGUGAGAAUAAUUCUGCGGAGCUGGUUUGACUACAGACCACAAGGCAGUCCUGGUGUCCAUGUGCGGAUGACUGUAUGUCUCUUUACUUCCCGCAGCGCCAUGAUUCUGCAGUGCCGUCUGCUCAUGGGGGCUUGGUUCUUCUUUUUAUCAUCCACGGGGGCCAGCCCUGCAGACGAGAGCGCCACAAGGGGCAGCCGCACCGACCAGGGAGACGCGGCUUUGGAUGAGAAACACCAAGACACUUACGGAACUUUUGCUUCGGAGUUUUAUGACCUGAGAUAUCUGUCUGAAGAAGGGUAUCCUUUUCCCACGGCUCCUCCAGUUGAUCCUUUUGCAAGGAUCCGUGCAGAUGAUUGUGGAAAAACUAAAGGAUGCUUUAGGUACGGCACGCCCGGGUGCACUGCGGAGACCUGUGACUACUUUCUAAGUUACCGUCGAAUUGGGGCGGAUGUUGAGUUCGAGCUGAGCGCUGACACCGAUGGAUGGGUAGCCGUUGGAUUCUCUUCUGACAAAAAAAUGGGUGGUGACGACGUCAUGGCCUGUGUCCAUGAUGAUAAUGGAAGGGUGCGCAUACAACAUUUUUAUAAUGUCGGCCAGUGGGCUAAAGAGAUCCAGAGGAAUCCAGCCAGAGACGAGGAAGGCGUAUUCGAAAACAACCGGGUAACCUGCCGCUUCAAACGCCCCGUAUAUGUUCCUAGAGAUGAGACCAUAGUUGACUUGCACUUAAGCUGGUAUUAUCUGUUUGCCUGGGGCCCUGCAAUUCAAGGCUCCAUAACACGGCACGAUAUCGACUCGCCUCCAGUUUCAGAGAAUGUCGUCAGCAUUUACCGUUACGAAGAUAUUUUCAUGCCGUCGGCAGCCUACCAGACCUUCUCCUCUCCCUUUUGCCUUCUUCUGAUUGUAGCGUUGACUUUCUACCUGCUAAUGGGAACCCCAUAACCCUGUGUUUUGUUACCCUUUGGAUCUGAGAAUAGAUGGACAUUGUGUGCUCUCUUUUGUGCUUGACAUUUUAUGUCCUGUUCUGCUGGAACAACAGGUAAUAGGUUACAUGUUCAUCCAGCAGGGACUUCAUAUUUUACAGACCCAGAAGGUGUUGGUAAAGCUAAUGUGGGUUAAAUAGUCGCUAAUCAUGUGCCAAGAAAAAGUAAUUGUUAGAAAGCUUAACCCAUUGUGUUUAAUAUGAGGUAUCCAUCAUAUAUAGGGUCUCUUACAUUCGGGCCUCAUGCACACAGCUGUAUUUAUCCGUAUUUUUUUUAAGAUCAGAUGCAGACCCAUUCUUUUCAGUGGGGCCACAAAAGAUGACCAACAGCACAUGGUGUGCACCACAGCCAUAUGUUCAUUCUGCAGUCCCGCAAAAAAAAACAAGAAAAAAAAAAAACUGAUGUCCUAUUCUUUAGUUUUGUGGACAAGAAUAGGCAUUUGUAACAUAGUGCAGGACCUGCAGAAGGGAAGGCGGACCGCAAAACGUACAUGGCCGUGUGCAUGAGGCCUUACAGUUUCCUUGUGGCAGCUAAGUAAGAUUUUAUAAUUUAAUGUUUUUAAACUGCAUAUCUCUGUCAUUUAGGUUUCUCAACCACAUCACCCUGAGUAUUAUAGGAACAGGUUUCCUGACAUAAAACCCUAUUACAGAAGCCAUUAUAGAUUAUUUUAUGACACCAUUUUGACUCGCCAGGUUGUCAAAAGGCAGCUCAUGCUAUAAAAGUAUUUACUUAAAGGGGUUUUCUAGGAAUGAUUUAAAAUGGCCACCAGCAACCUGUCUUAGAAUGUGAGCAGGACUGGUUGUCUCCACUUGUAUAGCUGCCUGGGGGGUGUGAGGGUAAUAUAUGUUAAUUUUGUGAUCCUGCCUAUAAUAUACCAUCAUGGCUGAGCAGCCUGACAGGAACGCUCACCAAUGUGUAGUAUAAGCAAGAGCCAGAGUGUAGUAUGAAGUGAAGCCCGAAGCUCUAGAAGUGGAGGCAACCAGUCCUGCCCACAUUCUAGGGCAGGACGCUGGUGGCCAUUUAAAAUAAUUCCUGGAGAACCCCUUUACAUUAGUAUCUUUCACCACUUCUGACAUGUCAACGGUUUCAGUAAAGACUUGUGUUUCUCGUGAAAUAAAAAUUAUGGAACAUCAUUUGUCAUAA